AGGCUCUGCUUGUCAGUCAGACUUUGAACAGUGCACUGGCGCUCAUCACUGCUAAUCUCCGGCCGCUGCUUGUCAUCAACGACGCUGCCACUGCUGCCGCUGCUGACAGUUACCACCGACCAGCUUUAGAAAUAUAGAUUAGGAUGAACAGUUGCUGAGAUACGGCGAGGAAACCCGAGGGCAACACAGCAGGGACCGAGCGGAGAUUAAACGUUAGUGACGCCGUUUAACAUUUACUCCGGAGUUGCAAUGGUCCAGUUGAGGGAUAUUUUCCUAGCCUUGUGUCUGGUGGGCUGUACAGUGUCACUGGAAGUGCAGAUCACACCAAGUCAUGGUGAGAUUAGUCUUGGAGAGUCCAAAUUCUUCAUGUGUGAAGUUGUAGGCGUUGCCAGGCACAUAGACUGGUUCGGACCAAGUGGGGACAGGAUAGAACCGAACAGACCAGACAUAACAGUAACCCGUAACGAUGAGUCAUCCUCCACCCUCACACUUUAUAAAGCUGGGACUGAAAAUGCAGGGACAUACAAGUGUGUCGCUACUAAUGGAGACCAGCAAGGGGAGUCAACCGUCAAAGUGAAAAUCUUUCAAAAAAUCACCUUCACAAAUGCACCCUCGCCCCAGGAGUUUACAGAGGGAGACAAUGCUGACAUUAUUUGUGACGUCGUCAGUUCCCCCCCACCUACUGUCCUCUGGAAAUAUAAAGGAGCAAGAAUACAGAUGGAAAAAGAUGUUCGCUUUAAGGUACUGAGCAACAAUCACCUUCAAAUCCGUGGCAUAAAGAAGACAGAUGAGGGCUCGUAUACCUGUGAGGGUCGCCUCAUGGCCCGCGGCGAGAUUGAUCUGCGGGUCAUCAAGGUCGUUGUGAACGUGCUCCCGACCAUCAGGGUAUGGCAGUCAGAAGUGAAUGCCACAGCAGAUGUCGGGCAGCCUGCCAUGUUGACUUGUGCUGUGGAUGGCUAUCCUGAACCCAUGGUGACAUGGACAAGGAACGAAGUGGUUCUCGAGGCAGGAGAGAAGUACAGCUUUAAUGACGAUGGCUCUGAAAUGACAUUAAUGGAUGUUACCAAACUGGAUGAGGGCGACUACACCUGCAUUGCCAGGAACAAGGCUGGGGAGAGUGAGCAGGAGCUCAGUCUGAGAGUGUUUGUCAAACCUAAGAUCACGUACAUCGUAAACCAGAGCAUUUCCGAGAUGGAGGAGCAGGUAACGCUGACUUGUGAGGCGUCAGGAGAUCCAACGCCCACCAUCAGCUGGAGCGCCGGUGAGCGCGUCUUCACCGAAGGAGAGCAGAGUCUGGAUGGAAAUGUAGUGGUGAGGAGUGAUGCUCGUGUGUCCUCCCUCACUCUGAAGUAUGUCAAGUAUACAGACGCGGGUCAGUACCUCUGUACGGCACGCAGCGCCAUUGGAGAGGAUGAUAAGCUGGCAUAUCUGGAGGUUCGCUAUGCCCCUAAGAUCCACGGUGCAGUGGCAGUGUACACAUGGGAGGGAAAUGCUGUUAAUAUCAGCUGUGAGGUCAUGGCUCAUCCCAGUGAUGUAUCUAUUAUAUGGCUGAGAGAUGGACUGCAGCUCCCCAACUCAAACACUACCAACAUCAAGAUCUUCCGGAGUCCAUCAGCCAGCUACCUGCAGAUAACCCCCGAGUCUGAAAAUGACUUUGGGAGCUAUAACUGCACUGCUUCAAAUGAGAUGGGCACCGAGGCCAAGGAGUUCCUGCUCAUUCCGGCUGAGGUGCCAUCAGCUCCAUCCAUCAGUGAGGUGAGACCCUUCUCCACCACGGCACAGAUUCAGUUCGAGGAGCCAGAAUCCACCGGAGGUGUUCCUGUCUUGAAAUACAGAGCAGAGUGGAGGGCUCAGGGCAGGGGCGGCUGGGUGCACCGAGUCUAUGACGUCCAAGAUGGCUACACCAGUGAGGCGACCAUCACAGGCCUGAAGCCAGAUACCAGCUACGAAGUGAAGUUGUCAGCCAUCAACGGCAAGGGUGAAGGUGAAAGCAGCCCCGCUGAGUUCUUCAAGACGGAGCCUGUCCGGAAUCCGAAUCCUCCUAAACUCCAAGGGGCUCUUCAACCCAAAGGCAACUCCCUCAAAGUCAGCUGGAUCAAGCAGGACGAUGGUGGCUCGCCCAUUUUACAUUAUCUUGUCCGCUUCAAACCAGUACAGGUGUCCGAGUGGAAACCAGAAAUCCGGCUGCCCAGCGUCAGCGAGUAUGUGAUUCUCAGUGGUUUGGAUUGGGACACCGAGUACAAUAUUAAUGUGGUGGCAGAGAAUCAGAAGGGCAAGUCAGAGCCAGCUACCAUGUCCUUCAGGACGGCCACAGAGCCAGAGGCCAUCCCAGUUGAAUCCCAGGGCUGUUCAUCUGUGACAUGCACUUUGGCAUCACUCAUCUUGUCCCUCAUCACUGUACUCCUGCUCUCAUAGUUUUCGUGGGGAAUUCACACCAUAACUGUAGAGGAGAACUCGCCUUUCUCUGGUCUGGCUGUCUAUCUGGACACUUUCACUCCUUAAAACAGACUUUGUCCAUGACAGACGUGUCUGUUAUGAGUGAGAAAAGGGUGCUGUGUUGCUUCAGAACAGACCAGGCAGACGUGCUGUACCAAAGGCAGUGGAAAUCCUCCGCCACCCACAGAUUCACUUUUCUCAGCAUUAGAACUGCUAGUCAUCAGCGCUAGACAACAGAGAGGACUGCCCGUUUACAGUAACGAACAAUAGUGGAAAAUUGAAAUGAGGUUGUAUUAUAAUAGAAUAGCACUUAGAACAGAAUGAAGGCUGAGUGUUUACAUAAACACUGUAUUAUAUUCUAUAAUCGCUCACAAAAUUAUACAGAUGUACUGUAAAGGUUUGUAAUAUUAAUGUUUACAUUGUUGAAAACAGAAACACCUAACGGAAAAUGUUUUUAAUAAUAAUAUUGGAAGAGUUUCACAAGCUGUAUACAGAAUUAUCACAAGAGAAGUGUUAUUUCUAUGCUGUUUACUAAGACACACAUCCAGGGACCAGAUGCAUAAGACUCUGCGUACAUCCAUGACUAAAACAGUGUGUUAGCACAAAGACAGAAAUGUGCAUACGCAUUCUACUCGUCAGACUUUUGAAUCCACAGUAUGCCAUAAGUGGAUGUCGAAAUGACGUUCACCAGCCAUUUACAUAUUGAUACUUUUAUCCCUCCACCACUCAUUAGAUCUGUCAAUGACAAAUAUGGCAAAGAAAGCACAGUACUGCCGACUGUGUUGCAUCUGUGAGGUUCUCCAACGGUGCCAGAACAGCUGUCAUUAAUCAUGGCUGUGGCUAUUUGUAGCAUCUGCGCCAGUAAUUCCUCAUGUUUCUGCAAACCAUCAUCAAAUCUUAAUCAUUAUUAUUAUUAAACGUCUGAAGGAUGAUCAACGAUCCAUUAGCGUUCAUGUUGAAACAGACUUUACAAAGUGCUUCACAAUUCAGGAUAAAAUUAACUCAUUUACAGGGAGAUGACGGCUCAAAUAUAAAUAAAAAGAAUGAUAAGAACGGUCGCUCAUAAAUAAUUUAAAGGUUCAGUGUGUAGGAUUUAAAGGGAUAUACUGGCAGAAAUGGAAUAUAAUAAGUAUGGUUUCGUAGGUGCGAACCAGUACUGGGAAUCUUUGUGCAUGGCAACACUAAAAAAACGAUGCCACGAUGGAUAUGUGUGUGACUUCGGGUGGAAUCAGUGAUAAAAUUGUAUGCAGAUUCGAAACCAGCAGCACUCUCAGAUGAAUAGUGGCAUUAAGUGCCUGUAAAUCUUGGACAAAACACCACUUUGUUGGCUGACCUGUAUCACAAAGUUUCUUUACUAGAAAAAUGGGUGUGUGUACAAGAGAGUCAUCACAAGGAAUGAUGACUCCAGCCUGCAGCAGUGAAUCAAAAAUUGGCUUGAUACCCUCCAAUGUUUCACGUUUCAACAGGUUUUGCUUCAUGCACGGCCGGAAAUGAGAUUUUGGGUGAAUAACCAGAGGUGUCACACUUUUCAUCAGGCCAGCAUCAUACUUAUGAGUGGACCAUAAUUCAGACGGCACUUGGGAUAAAUCAGCCAUGUCGACAGCUGCUGGUUGUUUCAUCAUGACGUGUGAUGUUCGUGUGUUAGGAAUGAGUUCAGCUGUUCUCUUAACUAACGCAGUAGAUAUAGAUACUGUUUUAUAUGCAUCAACCCUUUGGUUGUACAGUGUUCUGGGAUCCCAAUCGCGGGACUGAAGUCAAUCAGCUGCAUCUGAGUGCGGACCCGCCUUUCCAUAUCGUUCCAUUGCCAUUCAGUAGGCUUGGCCAGCGACACAUGGACACGGACCUUCAUACAGCUUGCUCUGAGCCUGGGACAGAGAUACAGAAACAGCAGCAGCCUCCUUUGUCCAGAAAACAUGUUGUAAAAACAGUCCUUCUACUUCCCGAUUCUCUUUACACCUUAUUGAAUGGGACAGUGUUCAGAUAACAAGGUGUCAUCGAGUGUGCAUGAUAAGGGUGUGGUGUAGGGUUCCAUCAUAGGAACACCCCCGGCACCAAUCGUUUUAAAAUAUCUGUCACUCUCUUUAGGCAUUUUGGGUAAUGCUAAUGCUUUUAGGACAGAUAACAAAGCUCCUGAAUCAACUAAAAAUAAAAUAUAAUUUCCUGCUACACAUAACAUUAGCUCCGGUAAUUUGUGUGUGUGUCACAGGUUGGUCCGUCACUAGGGUCCAUCCAGCCGCCUCCCGCUCUCCAUCUGACACAGGAUGUGCAUUUUUCUCGUCAUUUUUGUUAUUUGGAGAGUCUUUGCACUAGUGUUCUAUCAGUCCAAAGUUGUGGCAAACAUACAGAUCAGAGGGCUUCUCUUGACCACCAGGAGAACCUUUGCCACGUCCUCGGUCUCGACCUCUACCCCAGCCACCUCUACGCCCAGUCAAUGCUUGAUACAUGGUCCCUGACACAUGGGCCAUGGCUUCUAUGAUGUCCUGUUUAGAACAUGGUCUGAAUACACUGGGCCUGCUUGACCUGGUGCUUCCAUCAUAAACAUUUCCACGACUGGGUUACGGGAGUAGGAGCCAAAAAGUUGCAUGUUCUGAAGUUCUUUCUCUUUUAGUCUGUCUGAUUCUCGUAGAGGUUCUGUCUUUGGUGGCUGCUCAGGUUUUGUUUUUGGUCUGGCAUCAGGCAGUGAUUGUGGUGCUGUAUGUGAGGUUCUAUCAGUAGUCAAGUGUUUUGUCUGCACUGCUACUCCUUCAUGAUCGGGGACUAGACUGGAGCAUAUGGAGGAGGAGCGGAGUCCAGAUGGGGUCCAGCUGGAACGGGUUUCAUGAUUUGCGUACCUGUCAAAGACAGAUACAAUGUGUUAGAUUGUUCUUAUGAAUUAUCAGUUUGGUUUUUAUGCUCUCUCUCUUUAGCUUUAUUUUCUUUUUCUUUCUCUUAAUUCUGCUGCUCCUCUCCACGCAGUGUACGCCUUCUUACACCUUUGCCUUGAAUGGUUUAAUUUUUUCCAUGCCGUUUUCUGGACCUGGCUGCUCGCUCCUCUGCGUCUGCCUUUUCCUUUGCCUCCAAACAUGUCCUGAGCUGGUGCAAUCGAUGUAGGCUAAAGCUUCCUGAUGGUGGGAAGCCCAUUUCAACCCAUUUAUCAGACUGCGCCAUAGAGACUUUGUCUUUUUCAGUCAUUGGAGGACCCAUCUCUGAUUAAUUUGUCCCUUGUAUAUGCAGAAUAUACUGGUCCACUUGUUUGGUGGAUACACCAGAAAUCCUCAAAUACUACAAAAUUAAUAAAGACAUGUCUGUCGACACGUACUUGUGUAAGAUUAUACUGCUUUACAAUCUUAAGUAACUCUGUGAACUCUAAAAACUAAGAUUUAUUUAUUCACUUCUCACCAUGUAAGUUCUUUAUCCCUGAUAUUGCAGGAUUGGUACAUUGACCAGGGCUCCGCCGUGGACAGCCUCUUACCCACAGGGAGGAAUCUAUCUAUGUAGAUCGUCCUCUGUUUCCAGCGGAGUCCUGAUCAGUCGUCCAAUCCCUGACGAGCCCCCAGGUUGUGGUGGCAGAAGGGAACAAAUAAACAGUGAAACGAUCAAGUUGUCUUUCAUGUAAAAUAAAAUGAUAGAACAGAAUAAUAAGGGUUAUACCAGAGUCAAUCUUAUUUCAGCUGAAAGGUCAGAGCUCCGACACCUGGAGUAUCCUCCCCAGGUCUGACAAUGAAUCACAGAUGAAGUCUUUUUAUCUUAUUUAAACGUAAAAGAGCAGGGAGGCAAACGGGUGGCCUCCGCUCUGCUGAUACCCAUCAUGGGAACAGCUGCGAAGCAAGUUUCUCACUCACAAAUUAAAUCUCUUCAAGGACACAGUUCACUUUAGGUAUAAUGAAGGCUUAGACACAGAAAGGAAGGAGAAUAUUACAUGUCUAUAUAUGGCAAUGACUGAUUUUGUUCCUACACCAAGGAGUUCACGCUUGGCACAUUGGAGAAGUUUCAGCUGGUAGCAAUCAUCCUACACACUGCUCCUUUAAAAUGAACUUAAUAAAUGCGCCUUUGAUUGACAUUUCACAGAAUGCUGUGCCGCCUGCAAAAAUAAAGACACAAUCAGUGAAACUGGCAGACAACCUUAAAACAAUAAUACCUGUCUGUCAACUUAAAUUCAGCCUUCUCCUUAUCAUAUCACCUGCAGCUAUCUCAGCUCAACGCGUGCUUACACCUGGUCUCAGGAAUGUGUGAGCUGCGCACAUUCUCACUGCACAUUCUUCGUUUAUACAUAACGAUUUAUGCGUAGCAAAGGGAGGAUGCAGAGUUUUUGUGCUUACGCAUUGUUUAUACAUCUGGCCGCUGGUGUUUUUAAUGCAUGUAAUGUGUAUCAAAUAUUCAAAAUUACCUGUUUUUAUACAUUUCUAUUGAAGAGUACUCAGCUGCAUUUUAUUCUCUAUCAGAUUUUGAUUAAUUAUUGGUAUCUAAAGAGUAAAAUGUAUCUAGAAACACUGAGGUAAUUUUAGAGUUCACUCUACACAAACUGUGAAGCUACAUCAAAGCCUUUUGUGCUGUUUUCAAAAGUCUCACGUUUAUUUUGGUCCAUAAAAUAUCCUGCAUUUCUGGGUAACUAGCAACGCAGUGUAUGCUUUGGUUUGCUCUUCUUUCUAAUACCAAAUAAAUGGGUUGAAUAUAA